CAGUUUUGCUUUUUGUGGCAUGAGUGAACGCGGAUAUUGUCUGUCCAGGAUCACGUGCUUUGGAAUAUGCUGGCUGCCUUUGUUUUCCCGCUGCAUGUUCUGCUUUUCUGGCGUUUUCAUACAAUGGUGCACCUCAACACUGAACACUGAAUUCCAGCCUUUAGGAAACAGCAACAUCCCAAACUAGGAUACAUGGAUACAGUGUCUAAAGCCAAAAGGAUUGAUUAAAUAUCAGCGCAAAGAAAGCAAUGUCACACCGAGCAGAGGAAUCUGCAUGUGGACGGGGUGUGAUGGAGUUUGAAAAUGAUCAAUCAAAAAGAGAAAAAAAAAGGCAGCAGUAUAUCAGGUUCCGCUCUUAUUUACCUCAAAGGUCCUAAAUUUCUCAUCUAUGUCAGUGGAGCACUAUCUAUGUGGGGCGAUCGCAUGUGGCAUUUUGCGAUCUCAGUCUUUCUGAUUGAGCUGUACGGCCGAAACCUGCUCCUGACUGCAGUGUUUGGACUGGUGCUGGCUGGAUCAGUGCUUCUACUUGGUGCUCUGAUUGGUGACUGGGUCGACCGCAAUCCCAGGAAUAAAGUUGCGCAUGCAUCACUCUUUAUCCAGAACAUCUCUGUGACUGUCUGUAGCAUUGUUCUCAUGUUGGUGUUCUCCUAUAAGAACUGGAUUGAGCAGAUCUGGGAUGGAUGGCUCACUGUGGUUUGUUACACGGUGGUGAUCGUCCUGGCAGAUGUGGCAAAUCUUGCAAGUACCGCUCUGACCAUUGCCAUUCAGAGGGACUGGAUUGUUGUAAUCACAGGGUACAACCGCGGUCACUUAGCUGGGAUGAAUGCCACCAUGAGGAGGAUUGAUCAGGUGACCAACAUCCUGGCCCCCCUGGCAGUGGGGCAGGUCAUGACCCUGGCCUCUAAUGUGGUGGGCUGUGGCUUCAUCCUGGGCUGGAACUUGGUGUCUCUCAUUGUGGAAUUUUUCUUCUUGUCAAGAGUGUAUCGAAUUGUGCCAGCACUUUCAAUCAAACCACCGACUGAGGAGGUAGAUAUGGCUUAUCUGCAGAGCAGAGAAAGAAGGUCACAAGCGCAAGAGAAUGGGACUCUAUCUCCACCUCCGACAGAGGAGCCCAGUAACACUGGUCUGAAACAUCCCAGAGAGUUUUCUUUGGGUUUACGCAGACUGCAGUGCCUUGUGAGCACCUGUAAGGAUGGCUGGAGCUCUUACUACCGCCAGCCUGUGUUCCUGGCUGGUAUGGGCCUAGCCUUUCUCUACACCACAGUACUGGGCUUUGAUUGCAUCACUACAGGCUACGCCUAUACUCAGGGCAUAAGUGGCUCCUUGCUCAGUAUUCUGAUGGGCGUGUCGGCGAUCACCGGUCUCAUGGGGACUGUGCUGUUCACCAGACUGAGGAAGUCCUUUGGACUGGUCAACACCGGGAUCAUAUCCAGCUGUCUACACCUGGGCUGCUUGUUGCUCUGCGUCAGCUCCGUCUUUGCUCCAGGCAGUCCCAUGGACACAAGUCUUCUGAGGCCAUUCACUGACUCCAACUCCUCUGAGCUGGGAGGAAUGCCAAGCCAGAGUCAAAAACACACAUACCCUCUGAGAGGCGGAGCUAACCAGCCGCUGUUACCAGACCGCUCCUCCAUCCACUGGACCAACAACACUGUGCUCUUCGACAAUGUGCCCACUGGCACUGAACCUGAGUCGUACAUCUCUAUUAUUCUGUUGUUUCUAGGUGUCAUUACAGCACGUAUAGGUCUGUGGUCCUUUGACCUGACAGUGACGCAGCUGCUGCAGGAGAACAUCUCGGAAUCCGAGCGUGGGGUGGUUAAUGGGGUCCAGAGCUCCAUGAACUACCUGAUGGAUCUGCUUCACUUCAUCAUGGUCAUCUCUGCUCCACAGCCGCAGCACUUUGGAUACCUAGUCAUCAUUUCUGUGUUAUUCAUUGCCACGGGACAUACUAUGUACUUCAUGUACGCUCACAAAACCAAGAGAAAACAUCGAUUAGACACAUAAAAAUCAGUGUACAUGUGUUACACAUGUAGACAAACAGGGCUACCAGCACUGACUCAACUUGACGCCUGUGAAAUGAAUGUCUCUCUCCAUGUCUUUCAGCAUCCACUUGUGACAUAGUCAUUCAUUUAAGCACAUCUCAGCAAACGUGUAUCCCAACUCAGCUGCUUAUAACUCAGGUAAAGAAGAGCGGGAUAGCCUCUCCCUCUGGGCAAGCCAUGCUAAUAAGAGGCACAACAGGGCAGAUAUGGCAAACUACAGAAACCUACAAACGUUCAUGUUGGUGUCUAAAGCGGAGAAGAUACACAGAACUUUCAGUUCAAACUACUGUUUUGUGAAGACAACAUAGAUGUUACUGAUCCGUCCACUUGGAAAUAUUCCAGGAUGUCCUAAAGGAACAUAAAGGGAACUUGACAAAAGACUGUUACGUUCUUCAGCUCUCUUUAAUGAACAUGAGUGAAAGUGUUCCCCUGGUUUGUUUCUCUGUGGAUGAAUCAAACAUUCAGAGUACAUUAUUUUCAUUCACUUAUAGAGUGCUAGUAGUGGUUUUUGAUGACUUUCUAUCUGGUUGUAUUUUCAGAGUUGAUACAUGUAUUGUAUUGUAUUCCUCUAACAGCAGCAGUCCCACUUUUUCUGUUCUUUUGUUGGGUUAAACAGUUCACCUUAACUAGUGAACAGCUUCAUAAAAAUAACAAGGGCUUUUUCAAUUUUAACCAAUAUCUUGUUCAUUUUGUACUAGA